AUGGCCACGUACACUUUCACCUUCCUGUGCGCCUUGGGCGUCUUCGCUGCUCUUCAGGGAUCACCCACGAGCCUCUUCCAAACUGACCCCAAUGAGAUCGUGAACAAGCAUAACGACCUGAGAAGAAAUGUUCAGCCUACUGCGAGCAACAUGUUGGAAAUGAGCUGGAGCAGCGAGGCUGCAGCCAACGCUCAGAGAUGGGCCAACACCUGCUCCAUGACGCACAGCUCUGACUCCUCCAGAACGAUCAGCACUGGCGGCUGUGGAGAGAACCUGUACAUGUCCAGCAGGGAGGACACCUGGAGUAACGCUGUCCAGGAUUGGUACGAUGAGGUGCAGAACUGGCGCUACGGAGUGGGAUCUACCAAUGGGAAAGUGGUCGGACACUUCACACAGGUUGUCUGGUACAGAUCCAACAAGGUUGGCUGCGCUGUGGCUUACUGUCCCAACUCUACAUACAAGUACUUCUACGUCUGCCAAUACUGCCCAGCUGGAAACUUCCAGUACACUCGCCCCUACAAAUCAGGACCCUCCUGCGGUGACUGCCCCAAUGCCUGCAACAACAAACUGUGCACCAACCCCUGUCCCUACACCGAUAAGUACAACAACUGUGCUGAUCUGAAGCAGCAGUGGACCUGCGGAAACAAGGACGUGGCCUCCUGGUGUCCCGCCUCCUGCAAGUGCAGCUCUCAGAUCAUUUAAACGUUCACACGGGCUCUGACU